UUGUUUCCGUUUUCAGAAACUGGGGGUCCUUGAGCCAGUGUAGCGGCAGUCUGAAAACAAGCCUGCUGAGCAGCGCCACUACUUCACCUUUGUCUUUGCCGGUGUCUACUUCUGACAGCAGAUCUCGCGAGAUCGGCGGCGUGGCUGGCUGGCUGUGGGGGUUGCAGAGCAGGCAGGCUGAGGGAGAGAAGGAAGGCAGGCAGGCAGCAUCAUGGCGGACAGAGACAGUGGAAGCGAGCAAGGAGGAGCACCUACGGGCCCGGGCGCCGGCUCUUUACACCCAGCGGCGGGCGGGGCGGGUUCGGCUUCCGGGCUGCAGCAUGAGACUCAAGAGCUCGCCUCCAAGCGGGUCGACAUCCAGAACAAGCGUUUCUACCUGGACGUGAAGCAGAACGCAAAGGGCCGCUUCCUGAAGAUAGCCGAGGUCGGGGCCGGGGGCAACAAGAGCCGCCUGACUCUCUCCAUGUCUGUGGCCGUGGAGUUCCGCGACUACUUGGGAGACUUCAUCGAGCACUACGCCCAGUUAGGGCCCAGCAACCCAGACAUGGUCCAGGACGAACCCCGACGGGCGUUGAAGAGCGAGUUCCUGGUGCGCGAGAAUCGGAAAUACUACAUGGACCUGAAAGAGAACCAGAGAGGCCGGUUUCUGAGGAUCCGCCAGACCGUGAACCGGGGCCCGGGUUUGGGCUCCUCGCAGGGCCAAACCAUCGCCCUCCCCGCACAGGGACUCAUUGAGUUUCGCGAUGCCUUGGCCAAGCUCAUCGACGAUUACGGGGUGGAGGAAGAGCCCGCCGAGUUGCCCGAGGGCACCUCCUUGACUGUUGACAACAAGCGCUUCUUUUUUGAUGUGGGCUCCAACAAGUACGGGGUGUUUAUGCGGGUGAGCGAGGUAAAGCCCACCUACCGCAACUCCAUCACCGUCCCCUACAAAGUGUGGGCCAAAUUCGGGAACACUUUCUGUAAGUACGCGGAGGAGAUGAAGAAGAUCCAGGAGAAGCAGAGAGAGAAAAGGGCAUCGGAGCUGCUGCAGCAACAAGAGGAGGUCCACGGGGACGACGGGGACGAAGAUUGAUACCAGUAGUGCGGAAAGAAAAUAACAAGAGAAACGAAUAAUUAAAAAAAAAUACUUUACUGUAAAGAAAAUUAAAACUGUAACUGUUUAACUCCAAGGGCGCACCACCCACCCAAAUUCCACAAACUGACAGUUUGACAUGUUGACUUGUCACCCAUCGCUGGAUGUUUCCACUUAUCCACCAAUUAAACAGUAAGCAGCUGCUAAAAACAAAGUAAUAACAUUAUAUAUGAACUGUGUUUCCUACUUGAUUAAAAUUAGAACUGAGUGUUUAUUUCCCUAAUUAACCGAGAAGUUUUGUACACGUUCAAGCUAUUAUUAUUAAAAAAAAAAAAAAGUGUUUGCAAUGGUCAGAUUAUAAUAUUGCUGAAUUCUAGCAGAAGAGAGUCCUUUUCAUGUGAGCUAACAUUUGACUUCAGCACAAAAGAGAUAUUUUAGAACACGUAAAUAAUUUUUUUUUUCUCCAUUUUGUUACCAAAUUUCAAACCUUAAAUGGAGGUUAUUGUAGUAUAUUUGACACCUAUAUACCUGUGAUUAGAAAUGUGUGUAUAUACGAGGGCUAGGCAUGCUGUGUGUCUGAGCUUUGUUCAAUGUUAUGCAGAAGUCUGUAGAGUAAGGUACAUAGGUUUAAUUCAUGCAAGGUAAACUAUAAGAGCUCUCUUUUAUACAAUAUGCAUUGCAUCUGGACCAUAAACAUAUAAAACUGGUCAGUGGAACUUCUGUGAACAUGAAGAAAAUUAUAUAACAAAACAAAAAAAACAUUUAAAUGAAAAGCGCUAAGUUGUUUGAUUUUUCAGUUUUAACGAUUAUAAUUAGCAGAGCAAGUUAUACAUUCGUCUAAGGCUGUUUGUCAUUACAUGUGAUCUCGCAAUGUACCUGUGUAACCCUAACUGUUUCAAUAUCUCAAGAGUGCAGUAACUGCAUGCAGCAGUUUCUUAAGGAGAUGUAUUUUAUCAUAUCAACCUGCUAUUAGGGCUGUGCAAAAACAUGGUAAACCAUAAAACAUUUAAACAAAACAGUGAAAAAUACACAUGAUUUUGUGAAUCAGAAGUAUUAAAACAAACGACAUGCCCACGUUUUAAGUGGGUGUAUUUAAAAAAAGCUAAAAUCCAACACAAACAAAAAUAGAAACAUUCAGCUACUUGUAGGUAAAGUUGCACCUGUGAGAACUGCUGCAUGUACACUGUAGCAGAGCAUCGUUUGGAGAUUAGACAACCUGGUGCCUUAUGUAGAGUACAUGUUUAUAUGCCGGUUCAGUCCUUUGGAAAUCUGUGGUUUGUGGGGGCAUCUAGUUUGCCACAGCAAAUGUGGUGGUUAACUACUGGAUAUUUUAAAACCCAAAGAAAGAUUGACUUUUUCAGUCACUUGAGUGAGUAUUCCUGAAUUCUCUCACAGGCUUUCAAGGGAACCACCUUCAUGUAAACAUGGAAAAUGUCACCUGCAAGGAGAGGAAGUAUGCUAUGCUUAACUGAGGUUCGACAGGAAGAGAUCUGGCCAGUUUCAAGGUAGACUACAGACGGAGAUAUAAACAGCCUCCUGUAAAGCCCUUUGUAAUGUUUGCAAAUUCUGUAUGUAGGCAUAUGGCUUGGGCAGUAUGUGUAUUUUGUGAGUUGCUAAAGAUCACGAAGGAGUAUUAUUUAGCAUGUCUAUUUUAUUUUUAUUUUUUUUAAAGAGUUACUCCACAUUGUUUUUGUUUUGACCAUUUUUGCUCACAGAAAAAGGUUUUGAUGAAACUUUUACUAAAUGCUACAUUUCAUUACUGUGUGCAAUACUGUAUGUCAAUGUUGGCGGUUUUCUAUGUGUAUCAAUUAAAUAUAUGAAUAAUAUUUGGAAACCCUUGGCUGAAUUCCACAGUAGUUUAUUUUUUUUAAGCUGACCCUGAAAAAAAAAAAAAACUUAUAUCCGAACAUAAACGGCUUGCAUACAGUUUUCUGCACUUAGAAAUGUGAUAGCCAUGCAACAUGUUGCACUUUCUGUAUUCUAGUAAAGUAAUACAGUCUGAAUUCCUCUGCGCAGCCAAGGAGAGGAGAGGCCAACCAGAAAUCUGUGUGAGAUUAACGCAUUCGAGAGCCCCACCUGCACCCUUGCUACCUGUACCUGUACUAAAACGUUGCAUUGUCUAUGUACUGAAUGGAUCAGUCGGUCCACCCACUAACUCAGAACUGCUGUUUAAUCUCACAGAAAAUAGCCUGUUGUAAUGAUUGCUGUUUCCUACAUUAUUCAGCACCUUUCUUCAUGUCAGUAAAUAUCAUAAGUAAAUCUGAUUUUAGUUAACAUUGCAACACAGUUUUUGAAGAAAAAAGAUGUAAAAUAGAUGGCUCAUAAGCAUGCAGUAAUACAUGUUUUUGAUGUUUGAUGCAAGUUAUAAAAAAUGUACCUUGAAGCAGA